AUGGUACUUACAGUCUUAUUAACAUUUUCUGUGAUUUUUGUAAGCGUUUCGGCACAAGCUUAUGAAGACAAGCGAUGUCGUUGUGUGUGUCCAAGCCCAGCAACUGUAUUUAAUGGCACCUUAAGUAAAGAUAGAAAAUUUUUUACUGAUUAUGUCCCACCAAAUAAAUGUAACUGUUAUGGUGUUAUACUACCAAAAAUGAGUGAAGAAGUGAAUGCUCGUGCUCAAGAGUUCUGCCCACGCUGUGAAUGCAAAUAUGAGAUUAGAAAUACCACUGUUAUCAUGGUGGUUGUUAUAAUGGUGGUGUGGGUGCUAACAUUACUGGCUGGUUAUUUGAUAUUCUUGAUGUGCUUAGAUCCAUUAAUUAAUAAGCAACAUGUAAAGAGGUACAUGGAGAAUGACACAGAGGAGGCCAGAGAUUUGCUGUUGGUGCAUGAAGAUACAGAUGAA